AUGGGUCUUGGUGCCUAUGAAGAACACUCUCCAUCUAUUCCGGCCAUUAGUGCCUCUCCUCUAUUCCUUUCUGGUUGGCUCUUGUUUGGGCAUUCUCAAUAUCACAACCCCCCAGAAGUGGUGAUACUGAGGGUAAAUGGUCCUGGCAGACACAUAAGGACUCCAGGGUGGCUCUUCUACAGCCUGCACUUUGGGGGCAAGAUACACAUUGUCCGCAUGAAGGCCAAGAAGGUUUUGGUGUCCAGAGACUUGUUCACCUACACUGACCAGGGUGCUCUGGUUGAGGACCAGCCUUUUUUCCAAAAUGAAUGCUACUAUCAUGGCUAUGUGGAAGGAGACCCAGAAUCCCUGGUUUCCCUUAAUACUUGUUUUGGAGGACUACAAGGAAUGCUACAGAUAAAUGGCAUUGCUUAUGAUAUCAAGCCCAAAAUGUUUUCUGCCACCUUGGAACAUUUGGUAUAUAAGAAUGACGAGGAGGAGACACACUAUCUACCCAGAUGUGGAUUAACAGAAGAAGAAAUAGAUUGGCAAUUAAAGUUUCAAGAAAAUGUUAGUGCCACUCUGAUGCAUAGUUCCCUUGAGGUGCACCAAAUCCAGAGAACAUCUAAACAAAAAAGCGCUGUGGGAACAGUGUGGUUGAAGGAGAGGAGCAGUGUGAUUGUGGCGCCACGUACAAAUUAUUUAUGUUGUUUGCAAGACUGCACUCUGAAACCUAGGGCCGAUUGUACUUCGGGGCUUUGCUUCAAAGACUGCAAGUUCAAGCCAUCAGGCACAGUGUGCAGAGCACAGGAAAAUGACUGUGAUCUGCCAGAGUGGUGCGAUGGCACUUCGCCCAAGUGUCCAGAUGAUGUGUAUGUGGAAGACGGGAUCCCUUGGCUGAACAAUAGCUUCUGCUAUGCAAAGAGAUGCAGCAGCCAUGAUGAGUCGUGUAAGAAAAAUUUUGGCAAAGAAGUCGAGAUUGCAAAUCAGAUCUGUUACAAGUCAAUUAACACCAGAGGUGACCGUUUUGGUCACUGUGGUAUGGAUGACACUAGCUGUGUACCAUGCGAAAUCUCAGAUGUCUUGUGUGGGCGAGUCCAGUGUGAGAAUGUGAUAGAAAUUCCUUUAUUAGAAGAACACACUACUGUGCUUUCAACUCAAGUCACCGGGGUCACCUGCUGGGGAACAGACUAUCAUCUUGGCAUGAGCAUGACUGAUGUCGGUAAUGUGAAAGAUGGUACAGUGUGUGGCACAGAAUAUAUGUGUCUCCACAGGAAGUGUGUUCCUGCCUCUUUGAGAGAUGUUUGUUCGCCUGAUGCCUGCAAUAUGAGAGGGAUUUGUAAUAAUAAAUAUCACUGCCAUUGUGACUAUGACUGGCCCCACCCAACUGCCUGA